AAGUGCGCCAGUCGCACUACGGUCAUACUCGAAAAUUGUUUGCCCGCGCGAGGUGCUGCGUUUCGUAUCGGCCCGCAUCGAAAACACAAGAAAAAACUCAAAGCCGCCGGGAAAAAUCGCGAAAUAUUUGCUACUUUUCGUGAUAACAAAAAAUUAGCAAAAAUAUUGCCAACACAUUUGCCUACGAAAAAACUCGAAGAAUGUGCGGGUGAAACAAUAGGCGACAACGACAACAACAAAUCGUGUGCCACCCCGGACAGCCAGUGUGCGAGAGCGAGAGAGGUGGUCGUCGUGCGUCCCUCUCCAACAGACACACACACUGACUCAUCGCCGCCGACGACGACGCGUACGCAACAAACGAAAAUAAAACGCAAGCGAAAAGCAGAAGGAGAGAGAACAAAUAACGCCCACCGUAACACCCCCCGCGAACAAGAAGCUGAAGCAGAAGCAGAGAAAGACGACGUCGACGAAGAAGCAGCAGCAAAGGCAGACGGCAGAAUUGGAGCUUUGCGCAGAAAUCGAUUUUUUUUGCCCAUUUUAAGAGAAUUUCGGUAGCCGCCUCUCCCACUGCUGCCGAAAAUCGUUUAUCGCCCCAGCGUGCGUGCGUGUGUGUGCCGUGCGAAAGUGAAACAAACAAAUACAACACACGAGAGGGAAAAGAUUAAAAUUAUAUGGACGUUGUAUUUUUAAUAACAACAAAAAAACCAGUGAGUCACGGAAAUCAAGAAAAAUAAAAAUUAAUUCAGCAGCAGCUUUAGCUUUUUAGCUGCUGGCAUUGAAGAGGUGCUCUGCCGCAGUCGACGUCGCUGCCGCCGCCCGCAACCACGCGCUCUCAUUGCCUCCCUCUCUCACUUACUCACUCUCUCUCUCUCUCUCUUGGUGAGCGAAAUAACAGCACACCACACACACACAAACAAACACAAAAAAACAUAAUAAUAUUAACCAAAAACGCCAGCCAAAGUGCCAGUUUAGUUAAAAUUAUACACUAAAAGUGAACCGAAAAGAGAGAGCUGCCAGCCCGAAGCGGAAAAUCAAUAAGAGGUCUCUCGCAAAAGUGGCAAAACGUGCAAACAAGUUAAAAGGCAAAGCUGCAAAAGGCAAAAAACGGAAAAACUCCGCGCGCGUUUACACGUGUCUGUGUGUGUGCUAAGUGUGUGUGUGCGCGGUUAACGUUUAACUGCUAAUCGCAAAAACGCAAUCUGCAAAAACCGCGUAACAAGGGCUUACGUAAAGCUAGCCGAAACCCAGCCACAACGAAAAGUAAAACCCCAUAAAAACUAUAAACAAUAAAACGAACUAUAAAAAACUCCCCCCCAACGAAGGCCCCGAAAACCCCUUUCUAAAACCAGGAUAAACCCCCCACACAAAGAUGACUAAAGACAGAUUAGCCGCCCUCCAUGCCGCCCAAUCCGACGACGAGGAGGAGACGGAGGUGGCCGUCAAUGUGGACGGCCAUGAUUCCUACAUGGACGACUUCUUCGCCCAGGUGGAGGAGAUCCGCGGUAUGAUCGACAAGGUGCAGGACAACGUCGAGGAGGUGAAGAAGAAGCACUCGGCCAUCCUGUCCGCCCCGCAGACGGACGAGAAGACCAAGCAGGAGCUGGAGGAUCUGAUGGCCGACAUCAAGAAGAACGCCAACCGGGUGCGCGGCAAGCUCAAGGGUAUCGAGCAGAAUAUCGAGCAGGAGGAGCAGCAGAAUAAGUCAUCUGCGGAUCUGCGAAUUCGAAAGACGCAGCACUCGACGCUGUCGCGAAAAUUUGUGGAGGUGAUGACCGAGUAUAAUCGCACGCAGACCGAUUAUCGGGAGCGUUGCAAGGGAAGGAUACAGCGUCAGCUGGAGAUCACCGGCAGGCCGACGAACGACGAUGAGCUGGAGAAGAUGCUGGAGGAGGGCAACUCGUCGGUGUUCACGCAGGGCAUCAUCAUGGAGACGCAGCAGGCCAAACAGACGCUGGCGGACAUCGAGGCCCGCCAUCAGGACAUCAUGAAGCUGGAGACAUCGAUCAAGGAGCUGCACGACAUGUUCAUGGACAUGGCCAUGCUGGUGGAGUCGCAGGGCGAGAUGAUCGAUCGCAUUGAGUACCAUGUGGAGCACGCUAUGGACUAUGUGCAGACGGCAACUCAGGACACCAAGAAGGCGCUCAAGUACCAGAGUAAAGCCCGACGAAAGAAGAUCAUGAUACUGAUCUGCCUCACUGUGCUGGGCAUCUUAGCGGCCUCAUAUGUUAGCAGUUAUUUCAUAAUCCAAGCAAGCAAGUAGCAUGCUCAUCCAGGCCCAUAAUCUACCUUAUCUACGCAUAUUUUGUAGAGCAACUCCAAAUCAUUAUGCUAAUUAACAACACAGAAGGAAAAAAAAAACGAAACAAAAACGUAAUGUGUAUGAGUUUUUGAGAGUUAUUGUGAUUAAGAUGUACACACGGAGAAAUGCUUUCGCUUUUAAGUAGGUAAUGCAAGUUUGUUAAUACGCACCACUCGACUUGGUGAUUUCUGUUUUGAUUACUAUUAAACCACCUGCCAGUGUCAGACCUGCAUUAUGUGCACUUUUUUUUUUCCAAAUUCGUUAAUUCACCUUUUGAUCUUUUGAACGAGCGCAAAUGAAAACCGAAAACUGCAACGACAACAGCAACAACAGCAAUCAGCACGUUUCCACCACCAAAACUGCAAUGAAAACCAGCAACAAAAACCCAGUUAACACACCGCGUUAUUUAGUGCAAAAGAAAAGCGAGAAAAUUGCGAAAAAAUUCAAAUGACUUCGUAUUAUGUCAAUCAAUCAAGCUGCAAUUUAAUUUCAACCACAAAAAUGCAAUCAAAGCCCGAGAAAAUCGAAAUAAAAACGAGAUAAAAGUCGCGACUCCGCCUUGCCACGCCCUCUGCGUCGAUUGGAAGUUCCAGUCCGGGCUCCGGCGUUCCAAUGUCCGUUUCCAGGCCAAACAGUUUCCACAGCCACCGAACAACACGAAAAACAGCUGCAACGCUCCAUUCCCACGCGCUGAG